CACCCCGGCAUUUGUUUACAUAUUGGUGUUUGUUCCAAGGGCCACGUUAAACUAGUACCUUUCUUACUGGUACAUGUGUUUUCAUCGGUUUUAACUACUUUACUGAUACAUAACAAGUACCAGGGAGACAGAAAGCAACCAUGACAAAUACAGAUGAAGAAAUGAUAGCUCUGAGGUGGAACAACCACUUGACUACAUUGUCACAGCUUCUUUACUCUCUGCGAGAAGAGGAGUCUCUCAUCGAUGCUACACUUGCUUGUGAUGGCAAGCUAUUUUCUGCCCAUAAGUUUGUUUUGUCAAUGUGCAGUGAAUAUUUCAAGGAGAUGUUCACCACCAAUCCUUGCAAGCAUCCUAUUGUCUACAUGAAAGAUGUUCGAAGUGAGGAUAUGGAAGCUCUUCUUGAUUUCAUGUACCGUGGUGUUGUGCAUAUUCCACAAGAAUCACUAUCUGGAUUGCUCAAGACUGCAGAGGGAUUACAGAUUCGAGGCUUAGGGAUGUUUGCGCGGGAAGCAGCAGCAUCAGAUACUCCGAUUGUGCCCACAGAGCGUUCAGUGGUAACUGGAGCUUUGGAACCAAACGUCAUGAUGAGUCCAGAGCGUAAACGUCCCUAUGAGGUGCACUCCGAGUCUUCACUUGUCAACUUCUCUGAUGGUGAAAUGGAUGAUUCAGCACUUCACACACCAAAGAAAAGCAAAUCUGAUGAGUCAUCAGAGACUCCAGCACCCGUACCAGAAUUACCAAGGGUUUCUGAAGACAUGUUGGACUUGGGUGGAGGUGUGACUAUACAUGCCAGUGACUACUUCAAGUUCAGACGUACCAAUGCUAACCGGUACAUCAAUGACCUUCUGCGGUAUUUUUUCCCAAUGGAAGUUCUUGCAUCUUCAUCCCUCACUGGGGGCGAAUGCUUUGCAAACAAAGAUAAGGGACCGUCAAACAAAAAUCAGCUUGACCCUUGUGUCAUUAGGGUUAUCACACAUGAUGCAAUCCGUAACUUUCCUAGCAUUGACGAAAAGCAAGUAAGAAAUGCAAUCCGGCGCAAACUGAAUACUGAAUCACGCAUAUAUCGUAGCCAAGAAAAGUUUGGAGGGCCUGGGAAGCGCAAUGGUGCUCAGCGACGCAGAAGCCGGUUUUCUGAGUCACCUAGGGCCUUAGUAUCAAUUGAAAAAUCAGACAGGGAGAAAGAUAAAGGACCUCCGAUGGUAACUCCUAAUGUCACAGUUGAGAAAGCACCCUCAAAAGACUCUCGUCGAACUUCUUACGCUUCACCUGGACAAGCUCAACAAACAACUGACAAAGAUGGUAAAAGAGAUAGUGAUACGUCAUCAUACUUUAAUAGACAAGAAAAAUCUGCCCUAAGAUUGAGUGAACAAGCUCAAGUAUCAAAUUCAGCCACCCCAACUCCUGUAGCAACACCAAGCCUUCCAUCUUCAUCCUCCUCCCCAGCAGCUAUCUCUGAUAAGAGUUUUAAGAUAUGUCAUGAAAAUUUGGUGAAGGCAGAACUUCCAAGUGCUACCCAAUAUUUGCCUCAAGAGUACUCAUACCCAUCUGUCAUGCCACCACAUGUUAGUCAGGCUUACUUGCCACACCACAUGGCAGCUGCUGAUCCCACUUACUUGCGACGCCUUGAGAUGACCCAAGGUGCUCCUCAUCCUGCAGCUCUUUCAUACACAUACCCUCAUGCUACUUUACCCACAUCAGAGUCUAUGGAACCUAGCCUUCAUAUGUAGUGUGGUGAUAGAAAAAGUUUCAGAUUCCAGUGCAAAUAUAGUUGUAAUAGAAGGCCGUACACAAGAAAUCCUAUGUCGGAUUAUCUUAAGAUGAGCAACAACUCUUGCUUGUCGUCCAUUUUCUAUGCAUAGUCUUAAUGUACUGAAGAUCUGAUUUAUGCAGUGUCAGUUGAACAAAAACUUAAUUUUUUAAGCUACUUCAGUUGUAUUAUAGGAAGAAGGCAAAUCUGGAUGUAUAAACUGUAGUCAAAGACUAAUGUUAAUAUGUCGUGGAUAAAAUUUUAAAAUUUGGUAUUCACUUAUUGAGAAAAAGGACUUCAUUCUUUAUAUAUUUAUCCCUUUCUUUAAAAGAGUGAUGGACACUACAGUAAUAUUAUUAUUGACAAGUUAUUAUACCCACAUUCAAUAAACAAUUUUAUCUGUAUAAAGCUGGGAAGCACAGGAAAUUUCUUCUCUUAACAUGGUAUCUGUAUAUAUCUACACAUUCUAUAAUAGUUAUCUCGUUAACACUGCCAAGCUUAUCUAAGUAAAAUCUCUCUAAUGUGUCAUUCUUCAUUCAGUAUCUUAAAAAUAUGAUUUUUAAAAUGUGUACAAUAAUUGCUCAAAUUGCUAAAAGAUGUUGCCACAUUCAUUUCAUUAGUAGUUGAAAAGUAUAGAGAUGCAUGCUUAAUAAAAUAACAUAUACCAAAUUUUUUCACAAAUGAAGAAAGAUUCAGUAUUUAUGUACAAAAAUGACUGUCCUCAAUUUUUUAUAUACAGUCAUUUUUAUUUCCUCUCUCUAAGCCAGACUUUUUUAUGUUUUGGUAUCUUUUGAUUGUUGUUGAUAACCAUUCUUGUUUUGAAAUUUAUGUUAACAAGAGCAGAUACGAAUUCGCAUUUCUGACGCUUGUGGUGCUAGUAGUACUGCGCAUGCUUCGUACUGUGCAUCUGAUUUAACAGUCAAGGUCAUAGGUACAGCAUGGCUGCAGCCACAAUUUUGGUUCGGGCUGGAAGUAAUAACGGAGGAAAAAUAGUUUGUGAAAAUAUUGAGUCAAGACGUGUAUAAACGGUAGAGGGCUACACUUAUAAUGUAUACAGCCUGAACAACAUCAACCUAGAGAAGUCGACUUGUGAAAGAGACCUAGGGGUACUUGUAAGCCCGGACCUACGGCCUAGAAAACAGUGCGUUAAUGUUCGAAA